CCAGUCUCAGCGCUUCUUCUUUCCAACCCACCAGAAUACACAGCCCCAAUCAUGCCGCGCGCAGAAGCCGGGAGCACAAAGGCGAUCGGCAACAAGAUCAAAGCCGUAUGUCCUGUCUCGCACCCUUUCCGAAGAUUCACGCUAACAUUCAACAGAAAGGCUUGGGCAGACUCCGAUGGUACUGUCAGGCCUGCGAGAAGCAGUGCCGCGAUCACAACGGCUGGAAAUGGUGAGCAUCCACAUCCACCUAAUUCACCUCGGAUAGCUUACUGACUCUCUCCCUAGUCACGUCCAGAGCGAGAGCCACGUGCGUCAGGUGCUCCUGAUCGGCGAAGACCCCAAGAAAUACAUCGAGGACUUUAGCAAGGACUUCCUCAACAACUUCCUGACGCUGUUGCGGACGACUCACGGCGAGAAGAAGGUUCACAUCAACCAUUUCUACCAGCAGGUGAUCGCGGACAAGGAGCACAUCCAUAUGAACUCGACGAAGUGGAAGAGUCUGACACAAUUCGCCGCAUACCUGGGUCGGGAGGGGCUGUGUCGCGUGGAGGAAACCGAGAAGGGUCUGUUUGUGGCAUAUGUGGACCGCAGCCCGGAGGCGAUGAGACGGCGCGAGGCCAUUCUCAAGAAGGAGCGUCAGGAUCGGGGGGAUGAAGAGAGGGAGCAGCGGCUGAUUCAGGAUCAGAUUGAGCGUGCGAACCAGGGUGUGGGCAAGGAGGAUGAUGUCGACCCCGAGGCUCGGAAUCUGCAGCGCAAGGAAGGAGAAAAGGUGAAGCUGAAUAUCGGCUUUGGAGCGAAGACAGAUGGCGGCUCGAAGAGCGAGUCGCCGAAGCCUGCGGAAGAGAAAGACAGCGGUGCGUCAGCUACGCCAGAGACAUCUGCCGCCGAUUCCCCGGCUCCGGUUCAGCCUGCACCGGCGGCGGCGCCAAAGUUGUCGUUGUCCUUUGGCAACAACAAGCCCAAGAACGUGUUUUCCGCGGCGGCGAAGAAGAAUCCGCUUGCUGGGAAGAAGGGGCCGGUGAUGGAACAACCUAAGAAGAUGACGGAGCAGGAACGGAUCAUGAAGCAGGAGAUGGAGGCGAUGGAGCGGAAGCGUAUGCGCGGUCCUACUGGGUUCCCCAAUGCCAAGCGUCCGAGGGUGACGUGAUGUGACUGCGACCAACUCCAAUCGGAGAUCCUCACACCCAACCCAUCUGACAUCGAGCGCUCCGUCCAACUCAUGCUGGGCACACUCGGUCGGCGGGCGACUGCUUGAGCAGCCACGCAGGACCUUAUACUCUCAGGCCAGGCCGAUGGCCACCACAUGAUUCUAUGAACGGUGUUGGCAGGGGUACCUCACACGGACGUGUUUCGCUCCGUCAGAGCACGGCCCUCGAUCUCGCGGAUGCUACUUGCAUCUAGCAAGCGGCCCUUACUUGGCCGUCAGCCUAUGCUCCCAGGUCUCGAUGGACCCGCGACCGGAUAAUUGUUCCCCUAUAUACGAUAGUCAUGAAUGUAAUUGUUUCAGCAC